AUGUCUGAGAAGCCUGAAAUCCACUUCUACUUCGAUGUUGUCUCGCCAUUUUCGUUUGUUAUGUUUGAGGUAAGGUAUUGAGAUCAGGUGAAGCCAGAUGCGGUAAAAAAGUUCGGUAAGAUCUCUCACUCCAACUUGUAAACACAUAGUGAAACUUUAUUAUUUUUUUUUACCAAGGUUAACAAAAAUUUACAAGGUAAGAUAGUAAGUGAAAAAAAUCAUAUCUUUUUCAAAUCUUGGGCACACAUUGGACUUCGAUUACACGUCAGUUCCAGAAAGUUUUAAAUCGCGUUAAGUCGAAGAAACCGACGCAUCCAACGGUCUUUUUCGAAGAGAGUAAACGCUAAACGGGGAGAGCGGCAUAAACGAAACCUCUUUUUUAGCUUUAUACAGUGGCGGGCCUGGUCCAGUGGCAAAAAAACGUACCAUUUUGCAUCCGGGAAGUAUCGAAAAAUAUAGCAAAAUGCCUCCCAAGUGAAGAAUCCGAUUUCAGGGGCGCGCCUUUCAAAGCGGCGUUUUUUUAGUUGGAGAGGGAGACAUUUUGCUACAUUUUUUGACAUUUCCCGGAUGCAAAAUACCACAUUUUUUGCCACUGGAUCAGGUCCGCCACUGUAGGGGCUCGUUACAACGAAUUGUAAGCGACCAAAGAGUCAACUUGUUGUAUGGAGGGAAUUUUCGCCUAAAAUUGAAUUUUUCAUGAGCUCAGAACGUCUGAUUUAUUGCCAAUAUUUUUCGUCACACGUAGUCAAGUUAAAUAUCUGAAAGUGUCAAAUCCAUCAACAGACCACUUGUUUAUUUUUCGACAUUUUUCCAGGCCCUCCAACAAUACAAGCACCGUCUCCCAGCCAAAGUAAUAUACAAGCCCUCUUCUCUCAGGGACAUCUUCAAGACCGCGAAGAAUACCGGCCCGAUUGCCAACCCUGUCAAGGCUGUGUACAUUGCCGAGGUAUUCCCAAGAUUGUGCAGAUACUGGAAUGUUUCGAUCGCCAACCAAGUCGUCAUGGAUAAGGUAAGUCUAAAGUCUUUUGCAAUGCAUUAUGUACAAUAUAUAUGUAUAAUAAUUCACUCAUUUUUUUGUUUUUGCUUUUCAGCGCAUGGGCGUGGCUCUGUUUACACACAGUACAAUCAAAGCGUUGAGACUUUGCUUAGUUGUUCUACAAGAGCAACCGCAUGAGUUCACAAGACUCGUCAGAUUUUUCUGGCACAACAUUUUCCUCGACCGCAAGUUUUUUGAGACUCAAAACGACAUUGCUGAAGUCUGCAAGACAUUGAACUAUCCCAUAGAAUAUGUGGAUCGAGCGGAAUCCGAUGAGAUCAAGAAGAUCUUGGCGCAAAAUACGGAGAUGGCCAGUAAAGAAGGAGUAAGGCCCUGUUUAAAAAAGGCUUAUUAAAGAGUACCUAUGUCGUUUUAGGCAUUCGGAGUUCCAUACAUUGUGUUGAAGCAAGCUGGCCAGAAACCGCAACACUUUUUCGGAGUCGAAAGCUUUCCGCAGCUCUGUGAUGCGUUACACAUAAAAUAUGAGGGUCAUAUCCCUUCGAAAUUGUAG